AGUUUGCAAUCACAUAAACCUCGCCGCCACUCGGUUCGUUGAAAAACCUCAUCGGGAUUUCGCCGGAGCCUUCACCUUCCGAUCGUGAAGGACCCUUUUUCAGGUGAAGAUGGUGAGCCAAAGGCAAAGACUUGCCCGGAAAAAGUACAGAGAAGAACACCCGGAACUGUUUCCGGAAGUAGAGCCAACGCCACCUAAAGACCCCGACAAGAAGAAGAAGAAGAGUAAAUUCAAGCGCAAGAAGGCAGAAUCGAACUCAACCAGAGACCCAAAUAAACCCCACAAGAAGGGUUUUAAGAAACACCCUCUUAGAGUGCCUGGGAUGAAACCCGGAGAAAGCUGCUUCAUCUGCAAGGCCAAAGACCACAUUGCUAAGCUUUGCCCCGAAAAGGCUCAAUGGGAGAAGAACAAGAUAUGCUUGCUUUGUCGGAGACGAGGGCACAGCCUCAAAAAUUGCCCAGACAAAAAUGAAAGGACUGUGGAUAAGAAGUUAUGCUAUAACUGUGGUGAAACAGGACAUUCACUGGCUAAUUGUCCGCAGCCUCUUCAAGAUGGAGGAACCAAAUUCGCCAGUUGCUUUAUUUGUAAUGAAAGUGGACACUUAAGCAAAAACUGUCCGAAGAACACUCAUGGGAUCUACCCUAAGGGAGGUUGUUGUAAAACUUGUGGGGAAGUCACACAUUUAGCUAAGGAUUGUCCAAACAAAGCCACCCAAUUUUCUGCUGGGGCUUAUGAUGGUAACAGAUCAUCUGGAUAUGCGAACGCCGCAUCUGGAAUGGCUGUGAGUGAUGAAUGUAAGCUCAAAUUUUUGGAAUUGAAAACGAAGAGGAACUAUCGAUUCAUUGUAUUCAAGAUUGAGAAUCAAGAAGUUGUUGUGGAUAAGCUCGGGAGUCCUCAAAAAACUUAUGAUGAUUUCCUUGCUGCCAUUCCUUCUGAUGAAUGUCGCUAUGCUGUCUUUGACUUUGAUUUCACCACUGACGAGAACUGCCAGAAAAGCAAGAUUUUCUUCAUAGCUUGGUCCCCCGACACAUCGAUAGUGAGAAAUAAGAUGGUUUAUGCGAGCUCCAAGGACAGAUUCAAGAGGGAAUUGGAUGGAAUUCAGGUGGAACUGCAAGCCACAGAUCCCAGCGAAAUGAGCUUCGACAUUAUCAAAGCUCGAGCCUUUUAA